AUGGUUCUUAUACAUUCUGGCAAAGCAGCGCCACUCGCAACCCUAGGAACCUUCACAUCACGAUGUGGAGUCGGCACACCACUCAAUAAUGUUGGCAAAUGCCGACUAAGAGUACGCUCCGUGUCGACUUCGGUGUUGGCUGAAACCAAGAGUGCUCCCAAUGUCACCCUUCCUCCUCUGUCAGCUCUACCGACCAGCAUGCUACUGCGAUCCCUGCUGGUAGCGGCUAUCACCUCGAAGCCAUAUCUCCUCAAACCCUCUCUUUCGAUUCUAUCUCGCCUGUCGAAGUCCGGAAACAGCCUUCUGUUGGAUGUAGACCGCAAUAUCAUUCUCCACACCAUCCUCAAAUGGACCUUCUACAAGCAAUUCUGCGCCGGUGAAAAUGGCAGAGAGACCCAGGCCACCGUGCAGAUGUUCAAAGAUCUGGGAUUUCGGGGCACGCUCCUCACAUACGCAAAGGAAACUGUUUUUGAUCAUUCAACCAAGAGUCAACAAGGCCUCGGUGUCACCACGGAACAAGGAAAUGGGCAAGAUGUCGCUGGGAAGGGAUAUUGUGAGCAUAUCGAGGCGUGGCGCGAGGGCACAGUGAAGACAGUCGACCUGCUCGGCGAAGAUGAUUAUUUGGCUAUGAAGUUGACUGGUGCCGGACCAGCCGUGACGGAAGCUUUCGCUGCCGGUGAACUGCCUCCUGUACAGAUGAUUGAAGCACUGGAGGAAAUCUGCCAAAAGUGCAAAGACAAAGGAGCUCGCAUUCUGAUUGACGCUGAAUCUCAACAUUUCCAACGAGGAAUUGCACGCGUGACGAUCGAGAUGAUGCGCAAGUACAACCGGGAUGGAUACGCACUCGUUUACAAUACCUACCAGGCCUAUCUCAAGAGCACCCCUACUACUCUGGCCACUCAUCUCACCGCUGCUAGCCAGGAAGGAUUCACUCUUGGACUCAAGCUGGUACGGGGCGCGUAUAUGGCUUCCGACGAUCGAUCUUUGAUUCACGAUACAAAGCAGAACACCGAUGACGCAUAUAACUCUAUUGCCCAGGGGGCACUGCGACAGGAACUGGGCGAGUUUGGAGCCAGUAACGGUCGUCCUUUCCCCUCCGUGAACCUCUUCCUUGCGAGCCACAACAAGGAAAGCGUGAUGGCUGCUCAUCAUCUACACCAGCAGCGUCUCGCGGCCAAGUUGCCCACCGUACCUGUUGGCUUCGCACAGCUGCACGGCAUGUCGGACGAUGUCAGCUUUAGUCUACUACAAUUGAAGGGGCCCGAUGGGUCUCCCCAAGUCUACAAAUGCUCCACAUGGGGUGGAAUGGGGGAGUGUCUGGCAUAUCUCCUCCGGCGCGCGAUUGAGAACCGUGAUGCAGUGUCGAGGACAAAGGAUGAAUAUCAGGCAUUGAAGACGGAGAUCGGAAGAAGGCUGAAAUCACUUUUUACAUUCUCAGCGUAG